CCCUUUCUCAAAUCUGCAUUAACGCGGGAUAAUUCGUGCAUUGGUCAACCCUCCCUCCUAUACAUAUUGGAUAAAGCGAGUAAUAAUGUAAAAUAAAAAAUAAAAAAACAUGUAGAAUAAUUGAUUACCACCGCAAAAGCUUUACCAAAAAGAAAGAACAUCAACAACAAGAAAAAGAAGAAGAAAAAAAAAACAGGGGAAAACAGAGUAGAGGAAAUCAAAGAAUGAGGCUAUGGAGAAAGGUUUCCGGAUUGGUAAAAGAUCAAAAUAGCAUAUUCAUUGCUAGUUUAUCAAGAAGAACACCUCUCCGGAAUCCAGACAUCGAGGCUGCUGUUAUUAAAGCCACAAGCCACGAUGAAUUCUCCAUGAAUAUGAAGAACGUCGAUCGUGUUUUUCGUUGGUUACGUUUAUCAUCUUGUAAUCUCAAACCUUUAAUUUGGGCUAUCUCGAUUCGAAUAGAGAAAACUCGAAGUUGGGUUGUUGCCAUUAAAGUUUUAAUCUUAAUGCAUGGUCUUUAUAGCACUAGGCUUCCUUGUGUUCAAAGAAUUGGUAGAUUACCUUUUGAUCUUUCAAAUUUCGAAGAUGGUCAUUCAAGAAAACACGAAAUGCAUGGGAUUAACGCGUUUAUUCGCGCUUAUUUCGCGUUUCUUGAUCAGAAAUCGUCUCUCCUUUGCAUGGAAUUGCAUGAAAAGAGAAGCAACAACAACAUGAUGAUUAUGAUGCAUAAUCUUGACGUAGAAGAAAAAGAAAGUUAUUCUAUCGUUCAAGAUCUUGUUGUGGUACAAAAAUUGCAAUCUUUGCUUGAUGUGUUGCUUGAAAUUAAGCCGUUAUCGGAUUCUGCUAUUGUCCCUCUUGUUCUUGAAGCUAUGGAUUGUGUUAUGACAGAAAUUUUCGACGUGUAUAGUAGGAUUCGAAAUGGGAUUGCUCGAGUUUUAUCAAGAAUUAAUUUGUUUGGGAAAGUUGAAGCAACUAUGGCUCUAAAGAUCAUUAAGAAAGCAAAUAUUCAAGCAGAAGAGUUGUCUCUAUAUUUCGAGUUUAAUCGCGAUAUAGGGGUGAGAAAUGCUGAAGUUUGUCCAAUUGUAGAGCAAAUAUCAAACGAAGAUAUCACACAACUUGAGGAAAUUAUCAAUGGAGUUUCAGAUAAAGAACAAAAGAGUUAUGAAAUGGAUAGAGCAAUUGUGGUGCAUGAGAAUGUUGGAGAAAAAAAUGACUCAAAAAACAAUUUAAGGACAAUAAUUACUGAUCGUUGGGAGACAUUUGAUGAAGAAAAUGGUGGCUGUUCUGCUAUAGUAAAAUAUAUUCCAAGAACAAAUCCUUUUGAAGCCUCUUUGGUACCUACUAAUUCCACCAAUAAUUUACCUGUUAAACCUCAACAAUUACCAGAUUUAAUUAGCUUCUAGUACAUGGCUUCACCAAAUGCAAUGUGGAACAAAAGCUUAUAGUAUCAAACAAGAGAAAAGAGGCAUUAUGUUA